CAAUAAAAGAAAUACUGGAAUUCAAGUGGUGAUAUAUUAAUUCGAAGAUGUUCUAAUUGUGUUUCAUUUAUAUUUUCAUCAUGGAGAUUUGCCACUUGGUGGUAAUUCUUUGUCUGAUAUUUGUGCAAGCUCAAAUUGUCUUAGCACAGGAGUGUUCAACAUGUCAGUGUUGUGCAGUCGGCCAACACGCACCAUGUACAAUUGAAGGCUACUGUCAAAACGGAUGUAUAGACGGGUAUUAUGGAGAAAAUUGUAUAAACAAAUGUAUUACUCCGAACUGCAAAAGCUGCUAUCAAUCAAUUGGUAGUUAUUCUUGUUCAGAAUGUAAAUCCGGAUACUAUUUGAAAAAUAAUAUUUGUUAUAAUUGUGGAUCACAAUGCAAAUCAUGCGCUACAUACAGUUGUCUAUCGUGUAAUGAUGGCUACUGGGGAGAUACAUGUGAAAACAACUGCAAUGAAAGUUGUGCAUCGUGCCAAAAAUUGAAUGGUUUUUGUCUGACCUGUGAUCCAGGAUAUUACGUAUAUAAUGGCAAGUGUAAUACUUGUGGCACGCACUGUGCAGUAUGUGGUGCAACAAGGUGUUCAUCGUGUUAUGACGGCUACUGGGGAGAUACGUGUGAAAACAGCUGCAAUGAAAGUUGUGCAUCGUGCCAAAAAUGGGAUGGUUAUUGUCUGGCCUGUGAUCCAGGAUAUUACGUAUAUAUUGGCAAGUGUAAUACUUGUGGCACGCACUGUGCAGUAUGUGGUGCAACCAGGUGUUCAUCGUGUUAUGACGGCUACUGGGGAGAUACAUGUGAAAACAGCUGCAAUGAAAGUUGUGCAUCGUGCCAAAAAUGGAAUGGUUAUUGUCUGACUUGUGAUCCAGGAUAUUACGUAUAUAUUGGCAAGUGUAAUACUUGUGACACGCACUGUGCAGUAUGUGGUGCAACCUGGUGUUCAUCGUGUCGUGUCGGCUACUGGGGAAAUAAAUGUGAAAACAGCUGUACUGGUAGAUGUGCAUCAUGCCAACAAUCGAAUGGUGGUUGUCUGUCAUGUAAGCCUGGCUAUAUGGGAAGCACUUGUGAUGAACGCUGUGUAGAAUAUUGCUUGGAGUGCGACCGAUUAGAUGGUAAUUGUAUAUCAUGUGAUAAAAGUCAUUGGGGAUAUGCAUGCGAUGCGUGUAAUGUUCAAUGUAAAAUAUGUAAUCAGUCAAAUGGAUGUUUGGAAUGUAAUGUUGGUUACUAUGGUCAAACAUGUGACAAAGACUGCGGAGUUUAUUGUCAAAACUGUGACAGAAUAAAUGGUUGCCUACAAUGUCUACCAGGAUAUUACAAACACAAUAAUAUGUGUGCAGAGUGUUCGUAUAGAUCCAACGGAUGCACAUGCACAAGCAAAGUACAAUGCAGUGGAUGUGUAGAUGGAUAUUUUCUCAACCCUUCAUUGUGUUCAAAAUGCCCUGAGUACUGUUCUAAUUGUAAUAAAUCGUCUUUAUCCGGUCAAACAGUAUGCACCUCCUGUACUGCUGGUACGUUUGGAGAGACCUGUCAGUAUAUUUGUUCUCAGGAUUGUGAAAACGGAUAUUGUGAUGAGAAAGAUCCUGAUGAAACCUGUAGCCAGUGUGCGAAUGGAAGAUUUGGAGAGAAAUGUGAGCAUUUUUGUUCACUUGGAUGCGAAUCACGUAAUUGCACGAAAGAAACUGGCUCUUGUACCUGCAAAACUGGAUGGAACGGUCAAAGAUGCCAAACAUUCAUUCAGACAAAACCAGAAAAGCAAACGACACCUACUGCACUGGGUGGGGUUAUUGGAGGAGGGAUUGUGGCUCUUUCUGCCACUGUGUUCCUUGCACUGUUUCUGUUUCGAAGAAGAAAGGUAAAUUUGAGCAAUAAAAGUAAAACAAAUGAAAAAGAACCCGAGAACCUCUCCGCGUUGUACGAAAUAUUGAACGAUAGAAGGAGUGUGUAUCGGAUGAUUGGCAGUAGGCAGACCUUUAAACACCCGCGAAAGCUGAAAUUCUGAAUGAUUAAGCACAGUACUAAAUUAUGCACUUUAGCACUAUGUUACCAUCAUAGAAAGCCCCAAUUACCAGAGUCCACCACCGAACAGGUCCGGCAAGGAAACAGCGCAUAUUUUUACAGAUGAUAAUCUUGAAAUUGGUAGGAUUGUAAUCUAAAUAGUUUAAAGGUUACAUUAUAGUUGUACAAUGCUUGGGUUAAAUCAAAUUACGCUAUGCCAGACAAAUAUGUUUUUUUCUUCAAUAAAAUUAACUCCAAACAAGACGAAAUUUGUUUUUUGAAUACUAAUAUAAAAUCAAACUUACGGUAUUGCAGAAUAAACUAUGUUGAAUUUUUGAUGUUAACUUAAUACCUUUAAGGUAUUGCAAACGAAUUGGUGUUUUUUUAAAUGAAGAAGAACCACAUGUUAACCCUACUUA